AGAAGAAGGCUCGUUCGUCAAUACAUGUUUGGAUUGCAACCUUUGCCAUUUCCAAUAUCCUUCAGACUCCAGCUGAUCGCAAAAGCCAUCUUCCUUCUCUCUUUUGCUAUCCCUCCAUUCACGGAAAAUGGUGGAUGCCGCUGUUGGUGUUCUCUUGGAUAAAUUGCUGAUAUUACUUAUUAGUGAAGGCCGUCGAUUCCUUGAACUUGAUGACCAGUUUGAGGAAACAAAGAACGAGCUUCGCUACAUGCAGAGCUAUCUCAAGGAAGCUGACCGGGUGACGAGAAAAGAUAGGAAUGAGGUUCUCAAGAUGGUAAUGAGUGACUUAAGAGAGUUGGUAUAUGAUGUUGAGGACAUAAUAGAAGAUUUCCAGCUUCUAUUCCUGAAAAAACACCAAGGGUGUGCACCCAAUUUUACAAGUUGUUGCUCUCCUACCCUUCUGAAAUCCCGUCGUCAAAUGGGAAAGCGCUUGAGGAAAAUAAAUCAAGAGGUAAGGAAGGUGAAGGAGAGGAUGAUAGCCUACGUGGGUACUACUCCUCACCUUACAGGUAAAGAAGAAGGGGGUAAUAGGCCAUUGACCUACCCAAUCCUAAUAGAUGAAGCGGAAUUGGUAGGAUUAGAAGAUGACACGGCGAAGAUUAGAAAUUGGAUCUUAGAAGCGAAUGGGCUCCCAACUGUGAUUGGAAUAGUUGGAAUGGCAGGAAUCGGAAAAACCACACUCGCUCAAAAGAUUUGUGAUAGCGUGAAUGUGCAAGAAUCUUUUAAGCACUCGUUGAUUGUUUCAGUUUCUCAAAGUUUCAAAUUAGACGAACUGCUGCGGAAAAUGUUAAAUAAACUAAAUGUAGAAGAGAAAUCUUUGAGGGGAAAGGACGUUGAUGAGCUAUUGAAAAAGCUUAAGCAAGAGUUAGAUGAGAAGUACCUGAUAGUUUUGGAUGACAUUUGGGGUACAGAUCAAGGGAUGUGGUGGGCUAGUUUGAAGUCUGCUUUGCCCCGAGUGAGAGGUAGCUGUGUCAUUGUUACAACAAGGAAUGAAGAAGUGGCUAAAUCAAUGGGGGCUACCAUCAGGCACAUACAUCAUCCACGGAUUCUUUCGGAUGAAGAUAGCUGGUUCUUAUUCAGCAAAGUAGCUUUUGCAAAAAAUGGAGGCAAUUGCACAAAUCCAGACUUGGAGGGCUUGGGAAAGGAGAUCGUUGUGAGGUGUGGGGGGCUUCCUUUAACAAUUAAGGUUGUGGGUGGAAUGAUGUUGGGGAAGGGCUAUUCCAUCCACGAAUGGAGGCGAAUAUCGAAGCACCUAAAAGAGGAGUUGGCAAGCAGUAUGAAAGAUGAGCUGGUCAUUUCGAGACUAGAGUUAAGCUAUGAAGAGCUCCCGGGACACUUAAAACCUUGCUUGCUGUGCUUUGCCAUGUAUCCUGAAGAUUCUGAAAUACCAUUUCUCAACAUGGUAUAUCGGUGGAUAGGUGAGGGUUUUGUUUGGGGAAGAAAUGGAAAAACGGCGUUUGAGAUAGGAGAAGAAUGCUUUGCAGAACUAUUUAAUCGAUGUUUGAUAGCAGUGGGAAAAGACACGUUUGGAAGACGCUUCGGUUCAUGUAGAAUGCAUGAUAUGGUGCGAGAUAUGGUUAUAAAAAUUGCAAGAGAAGAGAGCUUUGUGAGCCUGGAUGGUAGAGUUGGGCCUGUGUUCAGUGUCCAGUCUCGCCGUCUGGGAAUUUUGAGGAAUACUGCAGUGGAGAGCAUUGAAAACAGUUCCAAGUUGCGAACGUUAGUUGGGAUGAACAUAGCAAGCGAAAAGAUUAUUUUAAGUGUAAAAACAAAACUCUGCGAAUUAAGGUGGUUGAGGGUGUUGUAUCUUUCAUUAUCGACCACAAAAAUUGAUGAAGAUCUCCUAGCCAAGGAUUGGUUGAGUGGGAUAGGAUCGUUACAACACUUGGUUUAUCUUUACAUAGAGAAAACUGCCUUAAGAAAACUCCCUGAUUCAAUCGGAAAUCUUCGUAAUCUUCAGAUUUUAUCUUUAUUCGACUGCCCCAAUUUGGAAAGGCUGCCAUCGUCAAUCACAACAUUGGAGAAGCUGACCACCUUCCAUAUAGUUAGCUGUGAUUCUUUCGAAUGCAUGCCAGAAGGGCUUGGAAAUCUUUCAAAUCUUGAACAGCUAUCAUGGUUUAGGUCUAAAAAUUCAAGACUUAAGAACGGUUACCAGAUUCCGCAGUUGAAGAACUUGACAAAACUCAGAGAACUCCGCAUGAAGAUAAAUUACGAGGAACAAACUGAUGAAGGGGAAUGGAAUGUAUUAUCAAUGCUCAACCAGCUGCAACUUCUAUUAGUAGACUUUGUAGGCAAUUCUCCAAGCCCUGGACUUGUGCGGAAGUUAGAUCAUCAACUCUCUCCUCUUAAAUGCCUUAGAGAGUUGUGGCUUUGGAACUUUCCAGGAGAAAGGACGCCUGCUUGGCUCAAUCCUACUUCCCUUCCCAAUCUGCAGUUUCUUACCAUUUACUGGGGAAAGAUUAACUACCUGGGUCCUAAAUUUUGGGACUGCUCGAGUAGGGUAUGGAAAGUGGAGGUCUUGGUGCUAGGAGAUUUGUACGACUUGGAGGAGGAGUGGCCGAGGAUGCAAAGGGCAAUGCCAUCUUUACGACUCUUGAAAGUUUACCGCUGUCCGAAGCUUAAGUCAUUCCCAUUCGACGUUUCAGUUGAGGGGAGGUGGAGAAUAUGGAGGAAAGAAGAAGAAGAAGAACGCGAGCCCAUGGUAAAUCAAGUCUAACAACCAGUUUCUUCCUUUUGUGUGUAUUUGAAAUGUAAUGAUUUUUAUUGAAAAGCACCGAGAUGGCGCAAAGAUAGAACCUAAAUAAAAAGGAAAAGUUAUAAUCCUCAAGGCCUAUUAUACAAAAGGCCCAUUCUACAAGAGAGAUUUUUGCCCUACUAAAGACUACUGUGGAAUUGCAUGUGUUCCUGAAGCAUUUUCAAUUUAUUUCCCGCAAAUCAGCCAAAAAGCUAGCUAAUAAAACCAGUCUCCAAAUUAUCCUUUUUGUCAAUCUUAUUAAUUGUUUCGUAGAAAUGUUUAUGCCAACCAUGCCAUGAGACAUGAAGAGGCGAUCCUCAAACAUACGUGCGCGUCAUGUCACAAAUUUGUGCAAGAUCCUGGCUGACCCAUCUGGUGGGUACCGUCGUUAACAUGCCGUGGCAGGUGGGUUUGAACAUAGACCAUGGGUCUUCUUUUUCCUGUCAGUCUUUUUUUUUUGUACAUGUGUGACAGAUUUGAGCAGUGGACUCACUCUUUUUGUGGGUCAGUGCCAUCUCAUGGUGUUCCCUACCUGAUGAAUAGCCUGGAUCUCUUUCACACAUGCACCAUGCUGGCAAGUGUGCCACAAAUUACCCCUUCUCAUUGUGUGCCACUAUCCUAUAUUUUAUUCUCAAAGCUUGUAAUAAAACGAUUGAUAUUCCCUACUCAUUGUCAGAUGAUCAGAGAAGCACUAAUUCUAAUGAUUUCACCAUGCUUAACUCUACCCAUUUUAGGAGUGUCUUCAUAUGAGAAAAACUUUGAUAUGCAAACAUUGAGAUGUUAUACAUGUCACAUGGAAUCAAAUCAAAUUAAGCCAUCAAAAUUGUGGGUCAGUUUAUGCGAGCUUCGACAAGAGCCCUUGGAUAGUGGGAACGGCUGAGAUACAGUCUGAAAUUAGGAGGGAAAAAGAGAGACUCUCUCGCUCGUAGAGACUGGCGUGGAGACACGAUGCUCCCAUGAGGACACUCCCGCACGUGUCUGGAGUCUCGCACGCAUGUCUCUCUUCUCUAGCCACCGCGGCCUCCCCUCUCGCCAGUUACCUCUCUCGCGAUCUACCUCUUCUCGCCAUCCAUAUCUCUUCUGGGAGCGGUAGUGCCAGUGCCAUCAGCAGCGGGAGAGACAACGUGUUUGGGACUGUUAGCAACAUCACCAUUGACUUUGAUUGCAAGGUAUUCUCCCCACCCUCUUCUUCUCUUUCUAAAGGUCAAUUUGAAAUUGAAAAUCUCUUAAUAUGGAUUUUGUGAAUUUUCACAUUCCUAAUUGGUGAUUUUUUAAAUUUCAAUCCCUAAUUGGCAUCACCAUCAGCUUUCGAUUGCAAGUUAUUCUCCUCGUCCUCUUCUUCACUUUCUAAAGGCCGAUUCGAAAUUGAAAAUCUUUGAAUAUGGAUUUCUAAAAUUUCAAAAUUCUAACUAGGGAUUCCUGAAAUUUCAAUCCCUAAUUGGAUUAGGGAUUUUCUAGGACUUUUAGAACAUAACAAUGAGCCGAUAAACAAAUCCCUUGGACAUGAGUUCAAGAAAUUCAGUUCAAAACAAAUGUUAAAACAUGAAUAAAUUGAUCAACAUAAGACCCUAGUACCCUACUCAUCCACAUGAAACCAUAUCCUAGCGUGCACCUUUGAUGCAUUCGAGACCAUGUAGGAGCAAUUAGAGGAUGCAUCCACACCACUUAAGCUGGACAAUUGAAGAUCUGACCAGAAUGCAAAUCAAACCCAACCAACAGUUCUAAUUAAAAAUUUGGCAAAUCCCAUACAUAUCACAUAUUUGUGCCAUUCAACUGUCAAGAUUUCUGAUUUGGACCAUUGUGGAAUCUAAAUUGGUCUUAUUUUGGUCACGAACAAUUCAUCUAUCUAGAUUAGUGGCCUAAUUGGACCUCAAUAUCCCCAUAUCCAAUUGGAUGGUUUUGACUGAUAACAUGUGCGAUGCAUCAACUUUGAUAUCUGAUUUGAUGGUCUAUGGAGUUGUAGACACCCCACCCUAGGCUGAUAAGCUGAUAUAGUUUGAACGGAUGAAUGGACAACCAAAGCCCAAUCCUAAACCCUAACCUUAAAAGCCUAAACCCUAGGAACCCCAGUCCUAAAUCCUAAACUCAGCCCAUUCAACCUAGUCAGCCCAAUCCUAAACCCUAGGAACCCAAAACCCUAAAGCCUUAAGUCAACUCACCCAGUCAGCCUACCCAACUCCACAACCCAGUCAACUCACCUAGUUAAGCCCAAAACCAAGCCCAAUUGGAAAAAUGGCCAAAACCUCAAAGCAACAACCCUUGCAGCAGAUCCUCCACACGCUUGGAGGAUGCUGCAUGCCAAAGCAGGAGUCCAAGUGGGGACUAGCUGCAGCCAGGUUGUCGUCGGCCAUGUGACACUCCCUCUUUGGGGCAACAUCGCUCAAGCAUGUGGAACUCUCCUUUUUUGAAUUUUAAGUGUGCGGUUGAGGUACAUUUACUUCGUUGCCCAUCUCCUUACCUAAAAUUACCCUUUUACUACCUCAUUCAAUUCAUGAGAUGAUGCCAUAUGGCAAUCCCCAAUCCCAACCUUUCAACCAUCUUUUGCCCCUUAGGAUCACCAGGAAUUAUAAGAAAACCGGGUUGGAGGCUAUAAAUAGCCCCCUUCCCUUCUCAUUUUACACACACCAUCCAUUUUCAUCAAAGACACACCAAGCAUCAGAGAGCCUUCUCAUUUAAGAGAUCUCACCCAUCAGGAAGCCAUCCUUUCACCAAGGAGAGUGAAAGUGAGGAAGAGAGAGCCCAGCCUUGGUCUAGCCUAGCCUAGCCAAGCUAGAGUCUAAGCCUCCUGAGCCACCUAAGUUCAAACCUGAGCCACUCAAUCUAGCCUUGCGACACUACCGUUCAACCAACUGUUCAAGCUUAAGUCAAUUCCAUCAACUUAGUGCACUAGCAUAGUGCAACAUUCAUUCCCUUCUCAACCCCCAUGUUCCUUAUAUACAUCAGCAUCAUAGUGCAUUUCAUCGUCUUAAUGCAUCUAACUAGCGGGUGUAUCCUUUAUGACUUGUCGAUAUAAUCGGAUCUUGCCCACCAGAAACCUUAGCCAAUUAGCUGUCAUUUUAGCAUAUACAUUACAUUCCAUCGCUUUCUAUCGUAUCUGACUAGCGGGUGUACUCUUUGAGACCUGCCGAUGCAACAGGUCCACCAGAAACCUUAGCCGGUUGCCCGACAUUUUAUCAUAAGCAUCAAUAUCAAGCAUCACAUACAUACAUACACCCCGCACUUAAUCAUUUCGAACGUAUGCUUUACUACUUGCCGUUAUAAUUGGAACCUGCCCAUCAGAAAUUCGGAUCAAUCAAACACCUCUACCAUUGCAUCACAUUACAUUCACAACACGCGAGAACUACCCAUUUUCUUCAGAAAUUAGUUAAAACUUAGAUCUUGUGAAGUAAAGAUUGUACAUCUAUAUGGGCAA